AUAUCAUAUAUAAGCAACACUAGCUGGUGAUCUUUCUUCACAUCCAUCGCGUCUUGAAACCCUUCCAUAGUAUUCAAAGACCAGAAGAUCUCUCUCUCUCUCUCUAGUUCUUGAGUUCGAGCUCUGUGUGCAGUUAUAAUGGAGUGUGGUGUCGACGCCCAUGGUGCAUCAGCAAUGAAGAACAGAGCAGAAGAAGGAAGGACUGGAUUCAUCACACGUAUGUUCCGGCUAGUGUCAACUUUGUUGUUGAAGCUUCACGUGAAUCUGAAGGAGUUGUGCAGCAAGAUGCUAAAGUUGGCUAAAGAUGAUCCCAGAAGGGUGUACCAUUCGUGUAAGGUGGGAUUCGCCCUCACCAUUGUCAGCACCCUCUACUUCAUCUGGCCUAUUAACGCUAGCAUGGCAAACAAUUUCAUCUGGGCAGUCAUGACUGUGGUUGUCGUCUUCGAAUACACUGUGGGUGGAACUUUGAGCAAGGGUUUGAAUAGAGGAUUUGCAACACUAUUGGCGGGAGCACUUGGAGUUGGGGUCCAUUACCUUGGAAGGCUUUCUGGGGAGAAAGGAGAGCCCAUAAUACUUGGAGUUUUUGUCUUCUUACUAGCUGCAGCAGCAACAUUUUCGAGGUUCUUUCCAGGAAUCAAAGCAAGAUAUGACUAUGGCAUCCUCAUCUUCAUACUCACAUUCAGUCUGGUAGCCGUGACCGGAUAUAGAGAAGAUGAACUCUUUAAAGUGGCAGUGGAGAGACUUGGCACAGUAGCCAUUGGUGGUGCACUAUGCAUGCUUGUGUCGAUUCUGAUAUGUCCGGUGUGGGCAGGGUCUGAUCUCCAUAAAUCAAUUGUGAACAACUUGAACAAGGUUGCAGACUCCUUGGAAGGUUGCAUGGAGGAGUACUUUCAUGAAGGCGAUGGAGAUGGUGAACUCAAAAGUGGGGAAACUUCCAUUCAAGGAUACAGAGCAGUACUUGAUUCGAAAACCAGAGAGGAGUCGCUGGCAAACUUUGCUAGAUGGGAACCACCACAUGGCAAGUUCGGGAUUGGCCAUCCAUGGAAGCAGUACCUAAAAGUUGGAGCUAUGACCAGGAAAUGUGCCUACUGCGUUGAAGCACUGGAUGCUUGCAUCAGAUCACAUUCCAAAGCACCCAAAGCUCUACGUCGGCACCUUCAGGUUCCAUGUUUAAAUGUCACCUCGUUGAUGUCAGAGCUUCUGAGGGAGCUUUCGACAGGAAUCGACACAACUACCAGAUCAUCUACAGUCGAGUCUCUCAUCGAAAGGAUCAAUAUUGGCGUUGAUGAUUUGUCCACCGCCUUCAAUUUGCUGCCCCAUGCCAACGUUCAUCAUCACCACAACACAAACGGCACCGCCCAUGCAAGCACGUACAUAAUGGAUGUCAUCCCUUUAGCGACAGUGACCUCCAUUCUGACGGAAACCGUCGGCCGCAUUGAAGGCAUCUUCUCCGCCGUCGACGAACUUUCAGUACUUGCUAGAUUCAAAGAUCACGUCGAUUCUUAUGCCGGCAUUGGCCGCAAGAGCACCAUAAAGCCCCAGAAGAAUGCCGCAGUGAAUCCAUUGAGUGGAAAAGAAGGUCCCCAUGUUGUGGUCACGGUUGGUCAUGAAGCGCCAUUAUCAGGAACAGGCAUGCAGCCUCUAGUUGCUCCAUCGUCGAUGGCAACGCAAGUUGAGAAAGAAGAAAAAAUUAAUGAGGGGAGGGCCUAGAUUUUUUAUAAAAACAUUAUCAUAAAUUACUGAGGUCUUUUAUAUCUUCUAAGGGGAAAAUGAAUAUAGCAAUUAAUUUGCCUUUACUCUGCCAUUUCCUAAGAUGGGUAAGAAGAAUAACACGUAAAUCAGUGCACGAAUGGAAUUGUUGAGGAUGAACGAGGGCAAUGGCUACUAGUUUAUGUGAGUAUCGGCGAUUCGACCAUAGGUUGAAACCGCCCCUGUCCCCGGGGAUCCAAUGCUGUUUAGGGACUUACAUGGGAAGCGGCACACCUAUUGGCUGAAGAGCAGUACAUCCAUCGUUUGCAGUUUAGAAGAAUAACACCCACAUAAAUUGAACUAACAAUCGGCUAGCUUUUACUAGCCCACCAACUCGACCAACUUUGCUAUGCCUCUUGGAGCCCAUGAUGUCGAAAAAAUUUAGUUGAUU